UCAACAAAACCAUUUUUUACCAUGAAACUCCAUUCCAGUCCAGGUGGUGGCGGUAACGCGCCCAGUAGCUGCUUCUCCAACCGCCAGAAAACAGCCACUGUUCGCUUGUACAUGUUUAUCCGAGCUAAUCAUCACAAUAACAUCUUUCGGACAGUCGCUGUUUGUAUUUACCGAUAGAUGUGAUGUAGUUAAAAAUAAAAGCACGUUAUUGUGUCUAUUUCUGAGGAUAUAAAACCUCGUUCUGCUUUAAAACCCUGAGAGGUGUUAUAAUGAGAUCAGCAGGAAACAGACUGCGCUCCUCCAGGAAGUCUCGGGCUCCUGAUCCUGCUCCUUCACAGCUGUGUGAGGACGUGAAAACGGAGACUUCAGAUGGAGGAACAUCCGAAGUGUCAGAAGUCUGUGUGAAGAAAGAGGAGACGCUGGAGCUGAACAUCUACAACCAUGGAGACGAUUUCAACACCACACCUGAAGUUAUUUCCAUUAAAGAGGAAGAUCCUGACAAUAAUGACUCCCUCUACUGUGAGGUUUGUAAAUCCUUCUUCUUCAACAAGUGUGAGGUUCACGGACCACCCCUCUUCAUCCCUGAUACUCCUGUUCCCAUGGGAGUCCCUGACCGAGCCAGACAAACUCUUCCUCCAGGACUAGAGAUUCGGAAGUCCGGUAUUCCUGAUGCAGGUCUGGGGGUGUUUAAUAAGGGGGAGACUGUUCCGGUAGGUGCAUACUUCGGACCCUACCAGGGAGAGCUGGUAGACAGAGAGGAAGCCAUGAGCAGUGGAUACUCCUGGGUGAUGUACAGAAGCAGGCAGUGCAAAGAACACAUUGAUGCCAAGAGAGAGAUGGAUGAUAACUGGAUGGGGUUUGUGAAUUGUGCUCAUAAUGCAGAAGAGCAAAAUCUUGUGGCAUUUCCAUAUCAAGGGGGGAUUCUGUACCGUUGCUGUCAACCCAUUAACCCAGGACAGGAGCUCUUCAUGUGGUACAAAGAAGAGAACACCAAAGAUCUCAAUCCUACUUUUGACUACCUCUGGAACCAAAAAUCCUCAAAUGAAGUAACACUCCAGAACACUCCAGAAGUGUUGGAAGUCUUUUCCUGCUCCGCAUGUCCUCUUACCUAUACAUCACAAAUUGACCUCCACAAACACAUCCAGAGAUGCCAUGACCAAGAAUAUAUGAAACCACGAGAAUCAGGAGAGAUUAAACAUGAGAUUCAGAUUCCCUCCAAAGGCUCCAGUAGUCAAUCAACAUCAUAUGAUUCUCUGAGUUCUGAUACUUCUCACAAUGAUGUACAGAAGGAAAUUCAGCACUGCUCAGACUGUGGAAAGAGUUUUGGUCAUCAGAACGCCCUCAAAACCCACCAGCGCAGUCACAGAGGAGAAAAGCCAUAUCACUGCUCACUGUGUGGAAAAGGUUUUACUCAACAGAGUACUCUACAGCGACACCAGCGCACUCACACAGGAGAGAGGCCGUAUCACUGCUUACAGUGCGAGAAGAGUUUUACUCAACAGAGUACUCUCCGAAAACAUCAGCGCAUUCAUACAGGAGAGAAGCCGUAUCACUGCUCACAGUGUGGCAUGAGUUUUACUCAACAGAGCCAUCUCCAAAGACACCAGCAUAUUCAUACCGGAGAGAAGCCAUAUCACUGCUCACUGUGUGGAAAGAGUUUUAUACAGAAGGGUGAUCUUCAACUGCACCAGCGGGUUCACACAGGAGAAAAGCCGUAUCACUGCUCACAGUGUGGAAAGAAUUUUACUCAUCAGAAUACUCUCCUAAAACAUCAGCGUAUUCACACAGGAGAGAAGCUGUAUCACUGCUCCCAGUGUGGAAAGAGUUUUACUCAUCAGAGUCAUCUCCAAAGACACCAGCACGUUCACACAGGCGAGAAGCCUUAUUACUGCUCACAUUGUGGUAAUAGAUUUACUCAACAGAGUCAUCUUCAAAGACAUCAGCAUAUUCACACAGGAGAGAAGCCGUAUCACUGCUCACAGUGUGGAAAGAGUUUUAAUCGACAGGGUACUCUCCUAGUCCACCAACGCAUUCACACAGGAGAGAAGCCGUAUCACUGCUCACAGUGUGGAAAGCGUUUUCCUGACCAGAGUAAUCUCCGAAAACACCAGCGUGUUCACACAGGAGAAAAACCGUGUCACUGCUCACUGUGUGGAAAGAGGUUUACUCAACAGAGUGAUCUCCAUCGACAUGAACGCGUUCACACAGGAGAAAAGCCGUAUUUCUGCUCUCAGUGUGGCAAGAGUUUCACUCAACAGAGUAAUCUCCAUUUACACCAGCGCAUUCACAUAGGAGAGAAGCCCUAUAACUGUUCACAGUGUGGGAAGAGUUUUACUCAACAGAGUACUCUAAGAAAACAUCAGCACGUUCACACAGGACAGGAGAUGUAUCACUGCUCCCAGUGUGGAAAGAGUUUUACUUAUUCUGUUUCAUUUAAGGCCCACAAGUGCACUAACUUUGAGCCACUGAAUUUAUCAAAUUAAUCAUUAUUUUAGUUUACUUUAUGUGAAUGUAAACUAUUCACAUAAAUGUUACUUUGUGUGAUGUAAUUUAUUCUGAAUUUCUGUGCAAUGCAAAGCACUUAAAGCAAUUGUGCUGAGCAGUCUAUUCCCAUGUGUGUGUCUAAAUCUUUUUUUAUUUGUCUCAUUAAAUCUUCUCAUGAUGAUAAUGAUUAUUUUUAUCAAAUCAUUGGUAGUGAUUCACAAAUAUGUGAGUAUUGCAGCAUUAUGACUUUACAAAAUAAGGUAUAGCAUAUGCCUCCACUCAAAAAAUUGCAUUACACAACAAUG